AGCUGUGACAAAACGCGAUUCUGAAUUUUCAUUUUCAAUUUUCAAUUAUUUAUUUUCCUCUUUCCCCCAAUUUCCAUUUCUCUUCUCCUCCGCCUCCGUCUCCGCCGCGAUGGCUGCCGUCGAGACGACGGAGAUGGAGCCACUAACCUCCGGCGCCAGCAACCGCAUCAUUCCGAUUCUGAAAUCUCUCCGAGCCUCCCUCAUCUUCGUCUACACCUACUUCCUCUCCUUCCUCUUGUUCCUCCUCCCUCGCCUUUCCUCUCCCCGGAAGCAUUUGAAGCGGCGGUGGUUGAUUCGUGAAGAGGAGGACACGUUCCGGAGAAGGGCGUUGGCUCAGGACGUUGGGAUGGGAAGCGAUGAUGAUGGUUGCUGCCGUUGGACCACUUGUAUCUUCUAUGGGGUUAGAAACAACGCUCUGUUCUGCCGAUCGUGGUUUCCGGUGUCUGGUAGUCUCAAGGGCAUUAUGAUCAUCAUUCAUGGGCUUAAUGAACACAGUGGAAGAUAUGCGGACUUUGCAAGGCAAUUAACAUCAUGCAACUUUGGUGUUUUUGCAAUGGACUGGAUAGGUCAUGGAGGUAGUGAUGGACUGCACGGUUAUGUUCCUUCCCUUGAUCAUGUAGUUGCAGACACAGGGGCUUUAUUGGAGAAGAUUAAAUCUGAGAAUCCUGGGGUACCGUGCUUUCUCUUUGGUCACUCCACUGGUGGGGCUGUGGUUUUGAAAGCGGCUUCCUACCCUCAUAUUGAAGUGAUGGUGGAAGGAAUUAUAUUAACUUCACCAGCUUUGCGCGUGAAGCCAGCUCAUCCAAUUGUUGGUGCUGUUGCUCCAUUUUUUUCGCUGGUAGCUCCUAAGUUCCAAUUCAAAGGAGCAAACAAACGGGGCAUUCCAGUUUCGAGGGAUCCUGCAGCAUUGCUGGCGAAGUAUUCUGAUCCUCUGGUCUACACAGGGCCUAUAAGGGUCCGAACUGGCCAUGAAAUACUUCGGAUAUCAUCGUACUUAAUGCGAAACUUCAAGUCUGUGACGGUGCCGUUCUUUGUUCUGCAUGGAACUGCUGAUAAGGUAACUGAUCCGCUGGCCUCGCAGGAUCUGUACAACAAGGCAGCUUCAGAGUUCAAAGACAUAAAGCUCUAUGAUGGCUUCUUGCACGAUCUUCUGUUUGAGCCUGAGCGCGAAGAGAUUGCUUUGGACAUUAUCAACUGGAUGGAGAAGAGAUUAUUUACUAUUUGAAUUGUCAAAUGGUUGGGGGUGCUAAUAGAAAAGGCAAGAGAAAAAAAAGAGAAAGAUUAAAGGUUCCAAACUCUGCUAAGUGUAGAAAAUUGAAGUCGCCCGGAAAGGAGUGGCGGAAGCAGAUAGGUUCUUCAUCUUUUGUUUUAGGCGUUUGGGGAUUGUUUUGCCAUCGAAAAACUUGUAAAUUUAUUAGACUUAAAUUUCAGUAGUUUUUUUAAGUCUCUGUAGAAUGCAGAAUUCCUUCAACUAGAACUCUUAUUCUAUUUAUUUGUUUAGAGAAAUAAAAUGUUGCUACUAUUUAUCUGUUUA